UGAUGCAACAUCUGAAGUGUGUCUCCAACAUGUAGCUGCUGUUGUCAUAUCUCCGUGAGGACGGUGAAGCCUUCAGUCUACUCUUCAGCUCAGAGAUCCAGAAUGGCGGCGGCGAUACCCAUGUUCGAAGAUCGGCAGUUGGGUCCAGAGGGUCCAACCUGCCAACUGACUCUAAAACAGAAGAGUGGUUCUGCAGGGAGUGACAGUGACUGGUCCAAAGAACAACUGCAGACCUCAGACGAUGAACCUGGACCCUCAGACACAAUGACAGCAGGUGAGCUGUUGGAUCUGAUUAAGGAAAGCAUAAAAGAGCCUGAUUACCUGGAAUGGGUUUCAGGCUUUGUGUCCACGAAUAGUCCGCAGACUUUCAUCUUAAAGAAUCCAGCUGGUGCCAGGUUGAAGAUAGGAGGCCUGGAAGACACCAUUUACAAAGGGAAUGAUGAAGAGUUGAAUAGGUGGGGGAAUUUCUACCUUCCUAAGAUAGUAAACAUGAAGGUUGUAGGAGUAGUGGAGGAGACGUCAUGCCCGUAUGAUCAUCUGGUCCUGAUGACCUGUGAGGACAGAAAGGUGUAUGCCUUCGAUGGAGAGGAAGAGGAGCUGCACAUGGUGGCUGAGAGCCUGGAGAAGCUCGGUGAGGAGGGACUGACGUUUCCAUCAUCACAGAGCUACUACAAAGGAGAGGCCUUCAAAGAUAUGACGAAGGAGGACUGGGACAAAGUGAGGAACAGUGAAGAGGGGAAGAAGCUGGACGAAGAGCAUCGUAAACUGGUAGAAGAAAAGAAGUCUGAACUUCUGAAGAAACUCAAAUCAACCAAAGUUGCUGCCGCAGCUCAAAGCUGCAGCCUGAACUGUUUUCACUAGUAGUGUGAGGGUUCAGGUACCCUGUACAUUUUGUCUUUGGUCUUUAUCUUUACUAUCCAUGGAGCCAUUUCUGACCCCCAAAAAAUUAAAGAAAUGUGUCUAGGAGCGUGUGCCCCAUGUUUAAAAGGCUCAGUCCUUCCUGUCUUUACUGCAUGUCAUCACCCCCCCCCCCCUCUCUCCCUCUCUCUCUCUCUUCUUUAUUGUCUAUAACUGUUCUGUCAAAUAUACGCCCAAUAUUCCCCCCCAAAAAAAAAAUCUGUGCUUAAAAUGGAGGUAGUUUCUCUCCACAGAUCAAUUAGCAACAACGAUAACCCAGCAGCGUUGAUGGUGAAAGCAAAUUCAUUUGUUCUCUAAAGAGACGUCUUUAUUUGGAUUUGGAAUCUCUAGCUAGUCUCAGGACACUCAAGACAGCCGACUUUAAGCCUUAAACAACAAUAAAUAACUGUGUUAAGUAAAUAAGUGUUUGUGAAAGCUGCAGGCAGCCUGAGGAGAGGACUGGAGGCUGCAGACCUCUGGGGCCUCAUUUAUAAAACUGUGUGUAGAUUCUAUUCUUAAAGACUUUGUGCAUAAAAAGUCAGAAUUUUCGGACGCAAAAACAAUAUUCUGAUUUAUAACACCUUGCGGUGCACACCGGUACGCACUCUUCUCGUUAUAAAUACAGACGUAUGUUACCUUAAGCGGUCCUGCACGAGCCUCACGCUCCUCCCAAGGUCGUCCCACAUUUGUCCUAAUAAGGUCCAUGUUAAUCAAUCAAUGAAUAUUCCAGGUUUGAAUGGAGCCCUUGAUGACCAAUCAUGAAACAGAAAAAUGGGGAAAAUCCUAAAUCCUGUUUGGAAGCCUUAACCCUUGU